GACGUCAUCAACGAACGCCGCCCAGCUGCUCCUGUCUUCAUAACACAUGUCAGCGACCUUUUACUCUUUGGUUUCCGUUCUUCUGUACUUUGCUCCUACAUGGUCUCUAGAUAAGCAUGUUACUUUUGAGGAGAGCCGUCUUUCCGGUGGUGCGGACGAAGUGCGGUCGCUGCUUUUGUUCCUCUCCAAGUCUCCAAAUGGACAGAAAAGGUUUGGUGCUGGGAGUGUUCGAGAAGAAGGGGGAGAAGGGGAAUCUUCAACUGACGGAGGCUGCGGCAGGGUUUGACCGCAAAGUGUCUGGGAAACUGUCCGAACUCCUAAAAAUUUCCGGACCGGGUCUCAAGAAAGGCAAAAGCAGAAUAUUCUACGGAAUCCACGAGGAGUUCCCGUGCGUCGCUGUGGUCGGGCUGGAUGAUGCCACAGCAGGUGUGUGCGGGGCAGAGAACUGGGACACUGCCAAGGAGAACAUCCGACAAGCCGUGUCGGCUGGCUGUCGGGUACUUCAGGACCUGGAGGUGACGCAUGUGGAGGUGGACGGCUGCGGCGAUGCCCAGGCGGCAGCAGAGGGCGCUCUUCUGGGCUUGUUUCAGUACGACCAGCUGAAAUCCAAGAAGAAGCCUAAAGUGACAGUGCAGCCUCACGGAAGUGCCGAUUCGACGGCGUGGGCGAAAGGAGUCCUGUACGCAGAAGGCCAAAACCUGGCCCGCCUCCUCAUGGAAGCCCCGGCCAAUCACAUCACUCCUACUGCUUUUGCCAACACCAUCCAAGAGAAGUUGGCGCAGCAUGGUGACCGGGUCAAAGUCCAAAAGAGAUCCCAGGCAUGGAUAGAGGAGCAAGGCAUGGGAGCAUUCCUCAGCGUGUCCAAAGGCUCAGAGGAGCCCCCUGUCUUCCUAGAGCUGCAUUACAACGGUUCCCCAGACAGCAAGCAGGCCCCGCUGCUUCUUGUCGGCAAGGGAAUCACAUUUGACAGCGGCGGCAUUUCUCUGAAGCCUUCCGCCUCGAUGGAUAUGAUGAGGGCCGAUAUGGGUGGAGCCGCCACUGUGUGCGCGUCUGUCGUCACGGCAGCGACCCUCAAACUGCCGAUCAACAUCAUCGGUCUGGCUCCGCUCUGUGAGAACAUGCCCAGCGGAAAGGCCACCAAACCAGGUGAUGUGGUCACGGCUAAGAAUGGAAAAACAAUCCAGGUUGACAACACAGAUGCAGAGGGAAGGCUGAUCCUCGCUGACGCACUUUGUUACGCACACACUUUCAACCCCAGAGCUGUCGUCAACGUCGCCACAUUGACAGGCGCAAUGGAUGUCGCGCUGGGCUCAGCCGCGACUGGAGUCUUCACAAACUCCGAUUGGCUGUGGGGGGAGCUACAUAAGGCUAGUGUGGUGACAGGUGACAGAGUGUGGCGGAUGCCUCUGUUCCAGCAUUACACCAAACAGGUGACGGACUCCCAGUUGGCAGACCUCAACAACAUCGGCAAGUACAGCCGGUCCGGCGGAGCGUGCACGGCAGCUGCCUUCCUGAAAGAGUUUGUCACAUCUCCUCAUUGGGCUCACUUGGACAUUGCUGGAGUGAUGAGUAACAAAGAUGAAAUCCCCUACCUGAAAAAAGGCAUGUCUGGAAGACCAACACGCACGCUGGUGGAGUUUGCAGCCGCCUUGGCUCACCAAGGCUAACCAAAUGACAAACACAAUAAAUGGUCAAUUGGUAACUUAAAACAUGCAAAAAUGUAGUGGAUACCUAAAUUAUUGGGGAAAAAAAUCAUCAUUCUUAGUUUUUAACAUAAUUUGUGUUAAUUUUGAGAGGACCAUUCAGCACUGUUUGAUUGAUGUAGUGUAUAUACUAAUAAAUGUUAUGAUCAAA